CUGUGUAUUUAAUACCAUAGGCCCAUAGCUCAGACCCAAAACAUUCCCGGCUGUUACGGUAACACGAAGCCUGAUGAUUGCAAAUUGUGAUUUACACACAGGUCCAGUUGGAGGUUUUUCUAAAAAUAUAAUUACAAUAAAAUUUCUUUGAGGAAAAAUCUGUUUUAGGAAGUACAUUGGGAAAAAAUUUUAAAAACUGAAACAAAGAGCUAAAAGUACAUCUAUUCAUCAACAUGCAGAGAGACCAUCAACGCAACCCCUGGUUUUCUGACAGAGGCCCCUUAUGAAGCAGAACACUUAUGGACAGUUUGAUACAGUUAAGGGUGAGACUCAAAAGCUCAGAAACAGGCAUGUGCACUUUUAAAAUGAAAUGACUGUAACUUCACUUGUUGCUUCCAAACCUGUUGGCUUAGUUCGUGAUUAUUAUUUCUCUCCUUCACUGAUCUGUUUGUCAUUAUGUAAGGAUCAUUUAGAAAGAAGCCAAGUAAAUUCUUCCCUGUCCACAAGCUGGACAAAUUUUAGUUUACAAAUCUCCUUUCUCCAGAAAGGGGAAUUUGAUCUUUGAAAACCUGAGCAGGUAUAGGAUUUAACUGUUGCUGACUGGGUUUUGACCGUUCACUUUGUAAUCUCUGACUGCAUCUCUCUACACCAUCACAGUAAAGCCACCAUAUUCCUGCCAAGGCAAGCAGAGUCCCAUUCUAAAUUUUUGCCCCACAGGUUUUCCCAGUCUGACGGUGUCUUUGGCGUUUGAUGACGUCAAGUUUUACAUCCACCCAGCAGCAUCACCCAGCAGCUCCCCGAGGGAGCAGUGCUGUAGCCCUGAAAGGCUUGACGAAGAGGAUCCUGGCCUUAGGGCCACUGUACUGUGAGAUUAUGCAGGGGCAAGAAGCUGUGAAAUUUCAUGGUUUCGCUGUGACCACAUGUUUUCUGAAAGAUACACCGCAAGCCAUACACCUGACUGAAUGUUUCUGGUUCUCAGGGUUCUUAAAGAAAAUCGAGUUCUUCAAUGAAACCUUCACUUUUCUGGGAGGGAAUUCUCUGCAGCCUUUCCUAGAAAUGAGCAUGGUGGCUACCUCUUGCAUUUGUUCCAUUAGCGAAUCCUUCUUCCUUUGUGGAAACUUGGGGAAGAGCACAUGGAAAGCAAUGAGCCUCUCAUUCAUAUUCAGGGGUGAGAUGGGUAGAGAUGAACAGCUCAGCACACCGUCUGGGGCCACUUGGGAGCAGGGCCUAGUGAGGAAGAAGCAGUGGAGCUGGGGAAGAUGUGGACACCAUGAAGGACUUUGGACUUGGGGAAGACUGGCUCCAUCCUUUCCAGAUGCAAUCACCAGACGAGCCUCUAGGAUACCUGCUGCUGGAAAGGGGGCCAGUCUCCACUGUGAAACUGCGCUGGUGGAACUGAGAAAGUGUACAUGCACAGGAUGGCCAGGAAGGAGAGGAGGGCCAUGCAUGACUUGCUUUCUUUGGGCCCAGAACCCUUUCCUUGUCAGCUUGCUCCUCACAAUGAUGGGGUGUUUCUCACACCAGGAAGCCCUGACCACAGGAGUGAGGGUCAGGCAGGAUCUCCCCUCUCAGACCUUGAGCCCUGACCACCAAUACACGAGGAAGAAAGUUGCAGUCAAGGUCACCAACUGAGAUGCUGAAAGAGACCCAUGAAUAACUGCUGCUGUUGCUGCUGCUGAGACCCCUUGGACAGGAAGAGCCCUGGCUCUUACUUUUCUCAAGACUGUGUGCUCAGCUUUUUCAUUUCAUUCAGUGAGUGGCCUAGGCCCUGCUGCAGAACACUGCUGAUUCAUCCCUCUGGUUGGAUGGCAUAUGACGUAAUACAAAAUGGGCACUUAUCAAAGCACAAAACAGGCACUACGCCAAAUUCUCUCAGAUAUGUACACUUCAUGUACCAUCAUGAUGCUGUAAAGCUCUGACGACAUUGUAUGGGGCUGUUACAGAUGCUACCCAGCCUCAGCUGCUGCAGGUCUCUGCCUUUGUGCCUGAGUGUUGGUGUAAAAAGCUCUGGGAACCAGGAAAGGAGUAACUGUCCGCUGUGUGAUUUGCUUCAUUGCUGGCUUUUCACCAAACUGAAGCUGAAUGCCCACUGCCACCACUGGCCUCGUAGCAUGCCCUGUGGCAGCUACUGCCUCUCCCUGGAUUGCUCCUUCAGCCUUGCCAUGUUGCCUGAGUAUUUCCCAAAUAAAAUGGCUUCUCUCCAAUCUUUGUUCUUGUGUCUGCUUUUUGCAGAAACCAGACUAAGACAGAGGCUGCGGAGAUGCUCUGGGACCCAGCUCAGAGCUGGUCCUGUGCUAAUGGGUCUGUAAAAGCUAAUGCACCUCCUUUUCAGAGGAGGACACCAGGGAAAGAGCAGGAAACUUGCCCAAGGUCACCCACCUGGUAGAUGCCAUAUUAGCCCAGUCAUUGUCAUCUAUCCUGCAUGACAACUCUGACCCACUGCCUGGACCAGGGCUCCAGGAAGUCAGCACUGCUGAUGUUUACGGCUGAUGGUGCUUUGCCCUGGGCACUAUCCUAUGCAUCCUGGCUGCUGUGCGUUUGGUGCCAGCAGCAUCACACCCACUACUGUGACACCAAAACAAACAGGCCUCCCAAUUUGCUGAGUGUCCUCUGCGGGGAGAGAUGGACUCCCCCAGGAGAACCUGAGGACGACAGCAAGGUGUGGUUCCAAAAGCCAAGCUGCAGGGGCACAGCCCACCCUCCUGAUCAGUCUUCUGACCAGGCUGGCCCGCUUUCCAGGAUGCCAGCUUCCCUGAGAUCAAUUGUUCCACCUCGGCUGUACUUGUUAGAAAGUUCUUUCCUACUGAGCCGGGCCGGACUGGUGGGAACUUACUUCAUCAGUGAGCCCUCCAGGGCUUGCAGAAGGCCUAAUCUCUCUUUAUGGGCUGGCACCUGAUCUAUUAGAAAACAGCUCUUGUAUCUCUGCCCGGUCCCUCCCAGAGCUCUGGUGUCUUCCUGAGGCCGGGAGGCACGUGGAGAUGCACACUUAACAGCAAAUGCGUGCAAGUGCCAAGUCCUGCAGCGCAUCUGGGAAUGACUCCUGGACAGGGGAUACUUCUAGGCUUCUUCUAGACACUUCCAGGCUCCUUCUCAGCCCUGUGGAUGAGCAUUCCCAGGAGCCAGGAGUCUCUGUUCUAAACCUUCCAGGGAAUUCUGAGGUAGCCACUGACCAUCCAGGACGUAGGAACCUCUGAUUCACUCACCCCAGCUCCAGAAAAUAGAGUUCUGGUUUAUUUCUUAAAGCAAAUGCUUAAAAGGUGAUGUUUGUAGAAAAUAUUAAAAAUAAGCUCUUAAAAUAAUAGGAGACCAGGUCAAAGAUGCACAUAUUUCUGUCCAGCCUUUUCUUUUUCAAGAAAAAUAGCUUUUUAGUAAAUUUGUACAAAAAGUUAAAAAUGUACAAAUUGAUACAAAGAAUGUUAGCCUGUUUCUUGACAAUGGGACGAUUUUUUUUUUCUUCAUUCUAGUUUAUAAAUGGGUGUGAAGAGUCACAUGCACUGCAGUCAGUAUCUUAAAGUCAAACUGUAAUGAUGACCAUUUUUUUUCCUAUUUUUUCCUAAGGGCAGUGGUGGGAGUGAGUGUCAGAAGCCCAGGGUGCAGUCCCAGGAGGGGCCUCCCGGGUAGAGAACAUGCGAACCCUAGAGCUAGGGAAAGGCCAGGUCUCUCCUUCCCUGGCGGGGCAGGGAAGAAGACCUGGGAGUUAUGGGGCUGCAGUACAUCCUUGUAAAUAAAGAUCCCGAGUUUAAGGAAACUGAUAGAGAGAACAAAAACUAGUGAUGGGAGAAAAGUGAAUGCUAAGGUUGAGUAAAACAAAAACAAAAAUUGGACUUUAUAUCUACUCUGGAUAAACCUGUAUUCAUUCAGCUCACUGGUUAAUGAAAGUGAGAAGAAUUCAUUAAUUCCUAGUUACCUGAGGCUUUACUUUACAUGCCCUAUAUUCUGUUUUAACGUUUUCCAAGCUUCAUAAACAAGCAGGAGUUUCUUUACCUUUCCACUGUCCCUUAUUUUAAUCCAAUAAAUUACCAUGGCUUACUUUUUUCUUGGAAGAGUCUUUCUCUUCUCCUAUUCUUGCUCCCUCCUAAAUACUCCAGAGGGGAUUAUUUUCAGCCUUUAAUGGUGCCCCUUCUUCCUCAGAAAUGUUUCCCUUCCCUUCGAUGGAGGCUCAUAUUAUUUCUGGCAGCUGGGCUCAGGGUCCAGAGAGCAUCCACUGCGGAUGGGCAAGCCCCACCCUUGAGCCACAGGACUCUGGCUGAUGAGCACAAGGCUUGUGGGUCUUUGCGAACCCCCACCUUCCCAUAGACAUCUACACUUGGAACGACCAUGGCGGUUGUACACACAGGGGAUCUGUUCAGCUGGAGAGAGAUUUCUGGAUCUUUUCAGGGCAAUGGACUCAUGUUGCAACGACUGUGCUGGGUCAUGGACAUGUGCCUCAGCUCCGCACAGCAGCCCCAGAGCCCGGGGCAGGCACCGAGGUCCCUAGAUGGCUGGUUAGAGGCCGAGGAGAGCAGUGUCCCGGAGGAUGGCACCGUGGGACCCGCAGGAGAUUCCAGCAAGACCGAGUCAUCUCUUCAGAGCCUCCUGAAAUUUGUGCCUACAGAUUACGCCAGCUAUACUCAGGAGCACUAUCGCUUUGCAGGCAAGAGCAUCGUCAUGCAAGAAUCCAUAGAGAGCUACGGAGCGGUGGUGUGGCCGGGGGCUACAGUUUUGUGUCAGUAUUUGGAGGAACAUACAGAGGAACUGAAUCUCCGAGAUGCGAAAGUACUUGAAAUUGGUGCUGGACCAGGCCUUGUUUCCAUUGUGGCCAGUAUUUUAGGAGCUCAAGUCACAGCAACAGACCUGCCUGACGUACUCGGAAACCUUCAAUACAACAUCCUAAGAAACACACUGAAUUGCACAGCCCAUCUGCCUGAAGUGAAAGAGCUGGUGUGGGGGGAAGACCUAGAAGAGAACUUCCCCAAGUCAACGUUUUAUUACAACUACGUCCUGGCCUCCGAUGUGGUCUACCACCACUACUUCCUGGACAAGCUGCUCACCACCAUGGUGUACUUGUCCCAGCUCGGGACGGUGGUGCUAUGGGCAAACAAAUUCAGGUUCAGCACCGAUUAUGAAUUUUUGGAUAAAUUCAAGCAAGUUUUUGAUACAACUCUCUUAGCUGAAUAUCCAGAGUCAUCAGUCAAGCUUUUUAAGGGGAUACUAAAGUGGGACUAAAUAAAACAACGUGUUUUUCAAAAUACUAACAUGCCUGUAGGGCUGAAAGCAACUGCAUUGCUAGAAGACUUCUUUCCAAAGAUGGAAAAGGUAGUGCAUGGAAACAACUUGCAUAGCAUACCCAGCACAAAUACUAACAACCCUGCAGUAACUUUCAGAAGUAAGAUUAUCUGGUUAAUAUAAAUGUGUACUGACAAUAACAUGAAACCAUGAAAAUAGCUUUGCUGACUUCCACAAUAAAUUUUACAGGUGAAAAAGUGGAUUUCUCCCUUGUUACUUACGUUGAAGAGCCUGGGUUUUAUGGUUAAUACAUUUGUACAAUGCACUUUUUGACACCAUCAAAGAGAGAGGGCAUGGAAUGACAGAACAGGGACAGAUUUAAUACCGAUUAAAAGCAAAAAAUACAGAACUGCUGAAAUGAGGAAACAGUAUCUCAGGAACUGAAAAGGAUUUACAUAUACUUUCCCUCUGUAUCAAUUAUCUAUGACAAUUUAAAUUAAAUUUCUGGAUAUUCUACUUUUUUCUCCAAUUUAUAAUAAA